CGAGAGAAAUUAAAACAUGGAAAAUUUGACAGACACACAGAGGCACGGGAGUGCGAGAAUUAAAAGAAUUCGAAACAAUAAUCCCGAGUGAUUUCUGCAAGCCUACCGAAGCCGAAUGCCUGAUUGUUUACGAAUGAUAGCGACGAGCUGAUUUCAACUGAAAUCGAAACAUGACAGACGAGCGUAAUUUUCGAUCAUCCUAUUACGAAAAGGUAGGAUUUCGCAGCGUUGAGGAGAAGAAAUCGCUGGAAAUAUUGCUGAAGGAGCGUCCGCUCGACAAGGCGAAGCUGAAGCAGUUCUGUCUGAGGUUCACAGUCCCAGCGAUAUACAGAAAUUUACUAUGGAAAAUAAUCCUGGGUGUCGUGCCAGUCUACACCGAAAGUCACGCAUUUGUUACGGCGCAGAGAAAAACAGAGUUCGAUGACCUGAAACGCGUCCUAUGUACGAUCAAAACGGUCGAAGAAAACAGUAAACCUCACCACCUUUUUUUAACGAUGUGGAUUUUGCGAUCAAGACGCGUCAGUUUGGACAUGAAUGCUGCACUGGAAACUCCGCUACUAAAGGCUAUGAGUCAGCUGGCUGAAAGUGUCACGCAGAUCAUAGACGCCACUCAUGAACCGGUUGACACUUUCUGGGUGCUUGGCGGGUUCCUCGACAUUGUGCAAAAGAUCCAUGGAGACGUCGGAAGGCUACAGGAAUGCACUUGCACAUUAUUGGAGAGAGAGGACUCUGAGCUUCACAGACACUUAUUGAAGAUCAGCGCACUACAGUUUCUGCCAUACGAGACAUGGUUCUGUUCCUGUUUCGCAGGGACGAUUAGCGAUAGCUCCAUACCAAAAAUCUGGGACAAGAUAGUUGCCGGAUCUUAUAAGAUUCUGGUCUUUGUCGCGGUCGUGACUUUGACCAGUUUGAGGCGUCUCUUGCUUCGUUGCGAAGGAAUAGAUUAUACACUUGACUGCAUUAAUAAUAUAUCCGAAGAGACUGCUGAGAUGAUAGUAAACAAGGCGAUUGAACUGUGGCAACAAAGUGGUUCUGCGCUGGUUUCCAUGUCUCAAAUUACAGUGAACUCUGUACAGAAUACCUGAAAAUAUUCUUUCAUUGUUUACGGAGUUUUUGCAAUAACAAUAAAAAGACUCGCUUGCGAUAUCACAAAGGCAAUGAUGGUUUCAACAUUGAUUGUAUAAUUUUUUGGAAUCUCUGAUGUGACCAAAAUCAGCUUG